AUGAAGGGUCUGGGCAUUGGUUCCUUGGAAUCCAACCAGGCCAACAAGAGACACAAGCCGGAGUCCAAUGGCAAGGGCAAGGGCAAAACGGCACGGUCGACCUCACAGGAGACAGUGAAGGUGAACAAGGACACCCUCACAUCUCUGACGCGAUUGGUGCUCAAGGAAUGGCAUCAGGGGAACAAGGAAGUGCCUUUACGCCAUGUGCUGGCGACAACAAUGAUGAAGACACUCGAACACAGACUGGCCACUCUUUUUGCAGCAGAGCCAACGACCGAGCUCUACAAGGCGGUGCUGAAGGCAUUGGCCAGCAUCAUCCGCCUCAUGGAGGAUCCCGGAGUCACCUUGAGAUUCCAUGCGUUGAAGCCGCAGCAAGAAGGUUGCUAUGGCUGGGCAGCAGCGAAGCUCCCAGGUGCCCAUGUGGAACUACUGCACGAUUUGCUGAUUCAUGGAUCUUUGCAGCAUGCGGGCGUGACACCAAAAGAGGUGUCCUUUUUUUUCUGCAUUUGUUUGUCCUAUUUGGGCGACACGGCCAUGUGGUUGCACGAUUUCCAUGGCUGCACAAUCACCGGACCUGUGGUUGGCAUCGGGGCAUCGCCGCUGAAACUGCCUGGGUCCAACUCCUUUGGGGGUUUGAGUUGGAUUUGGUCCACCUAUGUGGAGAGUCUUCAUGACGCCGGGGCCCGCGUGGUACCGUUGCUUCCGCAGGCAGGACGUGAAGUCCUGCUUGAGACCUUGCAACAUGUGGACGCUGUCCUAUGGUGUCGGCUGGGGUUUGCCCCUUGGGAGACGAUGGAGCUUGAAGAGCCAGUGCUCUUCGUCAAGAUGUGCUGGCCAUGGGCCAAGCUUUCUUGGACAUCACUGAUCGCUGGAUACAGAGCUUUCCGCAAGCCCGCGCCGCCUCGACAACAUCAGCAGGACGAUUCUGGCGUCCAUGGAGCCUCCUACCCUGACGUCAUGAUGGAUGCCCUGCAGGCAAUUUAUCAGCACGUGUCGAAGACGUCGUUGCCCUUGUGGGCCACCUGCCAGGGCUUCCAGGCCUUGUGCGUCUUAGCCUCGCAAGAUCCAUCGGUGGUGGUUCCAACCUAUGGCACCUUGGGCACCGCGGUGUCGCUCCACUUCACCAACGAGGCCUACCAGUCGCGGCUGCUGAAGGAUGCCCCGGAGACGGUCUUUAUGGAGCUCGGGCGACGAAAUUCCACGCUGAACUUUCACUCCUUUGGCGUUCUGACUGAAAGCUUUCAGCACGUCCAAGGUUUUCAGGUGCUUGCAACGGAUGUCGAUUCCCAUGGCCAGGUCUUUGCGUCUCUCAUGGAACAUCAACAUCUUCCAAUCUUCGCGGCGCAGUUCCACCCAGAGUUGUACUACUUCCUGGACCCCCACAGCGGUGCCGCAGAGCCCGCCGUCCAUCGCGCCAUCGAAGCGAACAGCUACUUCAUGCAGUACUUCGUGAAGGAGGCCAUGAAAUCCAACGUGACGGGAAAGGGGGAAGCCUUGAGGCCAAUGGAUGACUAUCCCCUGAGCUAUCCACCCUUGGGAAUCUUUGGCAGCGCUGCUGAAGUCCUAUUUCUCGGCAAGACCUUGAAGGGCUAUGUCUUCAACCACACCACG